CGUGUCGUUCGGCCGGGCCGCCGUGUGUGCAUGGAGUGGGGUUGGGGAGGGGGGGAGCAAUGAGUCAGGAACUCCCCAGCCAAGAUGUAAAUGCCCGCAACUCGAGCUCGCGAGUUUCCCCCCUUUCUUUUUUCCCCCGAUGCGAUUGUACGCUUCUGCGGCUGACCCCUCCGGUGGGAAAACGGCUGCAUUGCUCAGAAACAGCUUCAGCAGCGCCCAGCUUUUGCGCUAUCCCGUCCCAUCCAGUUGGGAGUAUGGAAGCAAAGUCACGUGCAAAACGAGGGCUGGCUUCUCAAGUAAGCAGUACACACAUGUGCACACAUGUGUGCCUGCCGUGUGCGUUUGCAGAGCUGGUUCGCGGCGCAGGGCUGCGUUCCGAACAGCCCUCAGACCCAAACCUCCCUUCUAUCCCGAGCAUCGCCACCCCUGGCACACGCAUCAGUCUGGGAAGGAAGCGAGCGGGCCCCACCAGCCGCGAAAUGAAGGAGGGCACCCUCAGGCCAAGCCAAUCGACUCCUGCGCUUCAGGGGAAGAGCCACGAAGUGGGCCGCCCUUCCAUUCGUAUCGUGAAUGGUGUUGCCACGCCGAAACCCCGGAUGUCCAUGAGGUCGAGGGCAAGCACGCACUGGCGGAUCCACACAGAACCGCUUUCUGAAGUUUGUGAGUUCCCUCCGCUGGACCAAACGCCCUUCUUGAAAUGGUAUAUUGUCUCUCUUGAUAGAAACAGACCUUCAUUGUGGUGUGAAUCUGCUUGCAUUGCCAGGUGUCACAGCAUCUAUACGAAUCCUGCAUACAUACCCACGACGAACCAGCUCUACGGCAGGCAAGAAGAGGGGGACAGACAGACAGACAGGCAGGCAGCUGUGUCUUGUGUAUGGACAUGCAUUUCGUUGUGUCUUGUCUCAGAUAUGAGCUCAAUGAAGUGCUGAGCCCUCCCGUUGCGGCAGGGACCAGCUUGUCUGGUUUCCAUGUGUUCCAGAGGAUGGCAGAAGAGCCCCCUGUGCGCAUAUCCCCUCCCUAUCUGCGGAUAAAGACAAGAUUUGCACUGUCUAAGGGCGCCAUUCCACUGGAGGAGGUGCGGACCACAUCCCUCCACAGCUACUGGCGCCAGCGAUCAUUGGAUCAGCUGCUCUUACCAGACCUUAAGUGAACCAACGGCUGCAUGGAUGGCUGUGCACGUGCU